UAAAUCCACUAACACACGCACACUCAGAGACAGAGAGGGGAGAAGGGGGAAAUCAGAAGAACGGAGAAGAGGAAGGAAGAUAGGGGAAAGAGCGCGAGGGAAACGAGGGAGGAAGGGCGCCGCCUCCGUCGCGGCUAAGCCACCGUGGUUGAGGUUGCCGUCGUCUCUGUUGAGUUCCACCAUGGAGAAGGCAACGGUGCGCAAGAGAGGCAGAGACAGAGGAAGGAGACGCGACGAGGAGAGGAGGAGAAGGCCAUUUCGUUCGCCACUGAAGCUUCCAAUGCCGCCGCUGCCACCGGAGACCUCGUCCUAGCCGCGAGGAAGAGGAGGAGGGGUGUUCUUUGCGCCUUCGCCGCUGCCCCGCGUUGUCACUAUCAAGAAGUAGAACGAGACAGAGAGAGACGCGAAGAAGAAUGACGGAGGCCACCAUCGCUGCUACUGUCGUUGCUGGGCUCGCCGGAUGCUGCCGUGACCACCACUGAGCUCCGCUGUCUAUGGAGUCACUGAUGGAGGUGUCUUUGCUGCCUCUUCGGUUUAGGUCCUUCGCUCCUUUAAUUUGUUCUACUUCCACUUUUACUCUACUGUUAUCCUAUUUCUGCUACCUUGUUUCCAUUCCAUUCUUUGUCAGUUAUUGAAGCUGCGAUUACUGUUGCUGCGAUUAUUUUUUCCGCCCGUUGCUCAGCCAUCACCAAAGCCCACUACCGCCGGGAGAAAAUACUAGUAUUUUGUAUAUAUCCUUCUCAAUAGUGCCUGUUUUUGGGAUAUAUAGUGAUAGUAGUUACAAGUUAGUGGUGAUCGGAACCAUGGGAAAAUUGGCAGCGCCGGUGAACGGUGGUGGCGCCGUGCUUAAAAGAAAGACACCUUCGAAACUUCGGGGAGAGCAGUUGAAGAGGGGAAGUGCUGUCACUGAUAAAUCUUCACUCCCUUUGAGUGAUACUACAAGCACCAAUCAGAUGGAUAAUGUGGAUACGAGACCAGGGCUGUUGAGGAGCCCAAAAUACACCAAUAAGCGUGUUGAUGAAGUAUUUCCUGCCAAAAAGUCCAGGUUUGGAGUUGUUUCUGGAAAAGAAAAUGCAAAGGUUAUUUUAUUUGCCAAACUCAUGAUUCUUAUUCAGCUUGGUUGGUUUUCUGUGUCAAAAUAGACCAUUGUUUGCUACAUGAUUUCUGAUUGCCUCAAGAUAUUUCUUUGCAAGUGUGGUCAUGCCUUUAACAUUCUUUGCCUUUUUUUUUUCAUACUAAAUUACUCCUAUGCAUUGAAUAGUUCAAGUGAAUUUUCAAAUUGACCACGAACUUGAAAUUCUUUUAAAAGAAGAGCCUCUUUUGCAUGCUCUCACAAGGUUGGAGAUUUCUUUUUACCUAUGUGGCUAAUUUGAUUUAUUUUAUUCAUGCCUAACUUACCUUAAGUCACAUAGGGCAUGAAUUUUUCAAGUCUUGUCUCAACCUUGUGACUUUUAUGCUUCAUUGGAAUUUGGUGUUUGAAUGUUCUUUGGCUUACAUGUUUCUUUAUGUUUCUAUCUUAGUCAACACCAAAUUGUUUUAAUUUAUGCCACUUAUUUGUGAUUGAUAUUUACUUGAUUAUGUGCUCUACACAUACAUGUGUAUCACUUGUUUUGGUAUUUUGAAUUGUUGAGAAGUGAAUACAAACUUGCUUGUUUUGAAAAUUUAGAAACUUUUUGAACUUAAGGAACUUUUGAUUAUGCACCUAACUUUUUGUUUCGGUUUUU